AAUGAACUUAGUUAUUAUUUUAUCAAUACUUCCCCAACAUUAAAAUUUAACCCGAAAAUAAAGUUGUCAAGAAAUAAAUCUGAAACUUUCUGCCAUGAGUAAAUUAGAAGAUAUAUUGGCAAAGAAGAAAACGGUUGUUCCUGUACUUGAUCUAAGUAAGAACAUCGCUCAGACCAAAGAAGAAUUUAAACGACUAAUGGAAAAAGUGCCCGAUUAUAAAAUGCGUCCAAUCAAAGUACGUGCCGAUGAAAUAAAGAUUAAAGAGAAAGAUUUCUCUUUCAAGAUAUCGAAGAGAGAGGUCAGAAAACUAUCAAAGCAUAAUGGCGAACGGGAACCGAUUUAUACAUACGCCGAUCCUAUACCGUCCGAAAUGAAGGAUGUACCUAUAAUGGACUUGUGCUCAGUACCAAUCGACUGGAAGAUGCUUACCACAUUGCGACCGAAGUCUAAGCAGGAAGAAGAGUACUUUAGUCGCAUGACGGAAAUGGCCAAGUUGCAAUUGAAGACUGAAAUGCGCGAUCGCAGAGAUUUCAUUCUUAAUAAUUGCGUAAAAAAGAAUAAAAACAAAUCUGGCAUUGUAGAAACUAAGUUGGCAACAUGUGCCGAAUGUGGACAAGAAAUGUGUUGUGGCAAGGCUUGCAUGGACUUCAAUUAUGAUUUAUUUGUGCGUAUUGAACCAAAAAUCUCAAAGCCGAAACCACCCGUAAAUAACACAAACAAAGGGAAAUUGUCUGGACGGAAAUCACUCACGAAGAAUGGGGGGAAAAAUAAAGCAAACAAGAAGCAGAAGCCUCCUUCUGCCAUGCCGAUGGCUUAAUAGCAAACAAAAUAUACUGCAUGCUCAACCUUUAUACCUUUAAAACAUCGUUUAUGUUUAUUAUAUUUUAUAGUAUUGCCACCUUUGUUGACCAAGAUGGUAUCCGAAAUUUUGUUCGACAAAUCGUGGCCUAGUAAGAACAACUGUUAAGAUAAGUGGAAUGUUAAUAAAAAAAAAAACAAUAUGUAAAUGU